GGAGCUGCAGCCAGGAGCGGGAGCGGCGGGGCCUGGAGAGAUUCAGCGCUGCUCGGUUGGGGUCCCUCGCACCGGAACCCGGGGAGACCCCCCGGGACGAAGCCGAGGCCCGGCAGAAGGUGGCGGAGGCGGCCGCUCAUCCCCGCGAGCUGUCGCGGCCUCCCGUGGUAGCCGGGCCCGGGCAAGAGGAGCUAGGGCCUGGGGGGAAGCCAGGGACAAUCUCCGGGCAGCCGGGGUGGGGGGACACCCCCAUAACCUGCAGGGGUGGGGGAGAGACCCUACCCACCGCCCCCGCCCCAUCCGCAGCCGUGAAGGGACACCCCGUUAGGCUCACGGCGGCGGGGGACACCCCGGCGGCCCCUCGCCGGCCCCGCCUCGCUGGCAGGCCGGGGCGCACCCUCCUGCCACCCCCCUUCCCUGCAGCUGGUGGGGAGCUUAACACUUGCCCCCAUCCCCACUAACGACUCAAGGGUGGGCAGAGGUCCUUGGCACUAAGCUCUCGUAACUAACUAGAAUCGGGUCUGCUCUUCCUCUCUGUGGAAUAGCGCCUGCUGGAGCUCCCUCAAUAUCUGUUUUGUGGAGAGGUGUUCUCGGACCCCAGUUCCUGAGGGUUUUGAAAAUAACCCUUACCACCUACUACCCCUGCUACGGAGGAAAUUCUUCCCCCAAGCAGAGGAGGAGAUAGCCGUUUCCCAGACCAACUAGUAACAGGGCAGCCUUCACGGAAGAAACCCCUUAUGCCCAAGAGAGGCAGUCCCCAAGACAGAAAUAAGCAGGAGCUCCUGAUACUACCUAUUAAUUUUGAUUAUUUAUAUCUGCUUAGCAGGCAACAGAAAAAGCAAAUCAGGGGAGAGAAAGCAGAGGCAGAUUUAGAUACUCUUCUUCCCUUUUCCAGUUGCUGUUAACCACUGGAGAUAAAGGUAAUUUCCAAUACUGACCUCAUCCUCCUCCAUCCCAAGGAAGAUCCCUCAUCCUCUAAUCCCAAGAGAGUUUUUUUCAAAUAUCCUGUGCAAGGAGAGAAAACACACCUCCCAAUUCCAGGGAAAGAAAAAGCAGAUUUUGCUAGUAAUAUCCACGGAGAUAGCAAGAUUUAUUUUUUUUUCCCAGAGAAACAGAUCUGUCCACACUUAAAGGACAAGGUGCACCUAGAGAAAGGAGGAAAGAGGUUUACAGGUAGGGACAUUGGAAAAACUGAUCUCAGAUAAUCUGAGAAUCAGUGAAAAGCCUGUCUUCCAGGGAACACUGCUUUAGCAGUUAGCUGCCAGAGGGGAGAGAAGAUCUCCAUCCUGGGAUAAAACCAGCAGGUUUAGGGGACUGACAAUCCUGAACAGAUUGUUUUAAUACUGAAGAUCCUGAUUUCAUCCACCAUCCCUUCGCCCUCAAAAUAUUUCUUGAAGAAGCUCCUGGAAUAGCUGACAGCAAUGCUCUGAGGAUGGGUCUCGGAGAAGGAGCGUGAAGGGCAGCACUGCAGAAACCAGCACUGAAGAUAAUCCACCUCCCACCAGAAAAUCUGCCAGAAUACUCCUGCUUCCAGCAUCAUGGCCUCUGACCUGGAAAGCAGCCUCACUUCUAUAGACUGGCUCCCACAGCUUACUUUAAGGGCUACUAUAGAAAAAUUAGGGGGUUCUUCACAAGCAGGACCUCCAGGGACUGCCCGAAAAUGUCCCCCAGGCUCACCAACUGAUCCCAAUGCCACCCUGAGUAAGGAUGAGGCUGCAGUGCACCAAGAUGGGAAGCCACGUUACAGCUAUGCCACAUUGAUUACAUAUGCCAUCAACUCAUCACCUGCCAAGAAGAUGACACUUAGUGAGAUCUACCGUUGGAUCUGUGACAACUUUCCCUAUUACAAAAAUGCUGGUAUUGGUUGGAAGAACUCUAUUCGUCACAACCUCUCUCUGAAUAAAUGUUUCCGGAAGGUGCCUCGACCAAGAGAUGAUCCUGGGAAGGGCUCCUACUGGACAAUAGAUACGUGUCCAGAUAUAUCUCGCAAGAGGCGGCAUCCUCCAGAUGAUGACAUCCCACAAGACUCCCCAGAGCAAGAGGCGAGUAAAAGCCCCCGAGGGGCUGUUCCAGUCAGCACAGAAGCCUCUUUGCCACCUGAGGCCACCCCUCAGCUGUCACUCCAGAGCAACACCUCCAUUGCCAACUAUAGUCAGCAGGGUGCAGGGCCUGUGGAUGUUGCCUCUACUGUAGCUGGGGGGCAGGGCCGUGAAGGGGCUGAUGUGCCACCCCCACUGUACAGUGCCAACCAUGACUUCAAGUUCUCCUACUCUGAGAUCAACUUCCAGGAUCUUAGCUGGUCCUUCCGAAACCUCUACAAAUCUAUGCUGGAGAAAUCAUCUUCCUCUCAGCAUGGUUUCUCUUCUCUCCUUGGCGACAUGCAGCCUUCCAACCACAACUACUACAUGUACCAACAGCAGCAGCAGCAGCAAGGCCCCUCAUCAGUGGGUGCUGCUCCCCCACUCCACACUCCAACCCCAGAGGGUUGCCCAUCCCAAGGGGCAAAACAGCAGGGUGGUGAAGGUUAUGGCCCUCAACCAGUGAUGUCCAUGCACCCACCCCCAAUGCAGCAUGGAGGCUACCACCAGCAUCAGCAACAUCACCCACACUCCCACCCACAGCAGCAGCCACAUCAGCACCAGCAGCAGCAGUCACAGGCUUCAAUCAACAGUGCUGGCUUUGCAUUUCCCCCUGAUUGGUGCUCUAACAUUGAUUCCCUGAAGGAAAGCUUCAAGAUGGUAAACCGGCUGAACUGGUCUAGCAUUGAGCAUUCCCAAUUCUCAGAGCUGAUGGAGAGUCUGCGCCAGGCUGAGCGGAAGAACUGGACGCUGGAUCAACAUCAUAUUGCUAACCUAUGUGACUCUCUUAAUCACUUCCUUACCCAGACUGGCCAGCUCCCUCAUCUGGUUGGCCCACAGCAGCCCCCCCGAAUCUCUGAUUCUUGUGCCCUAAACAGUGGCAAACAGGAGCAGUCCAUGAACCAAGUGAACUCCUAUGGCCAGCCCCAGCCCCCCCAUCUCUUCUCCGGGCCAUCUCCUAUGUACCAGAUUUCCACCCAGGACUCUCCAGGAUAUAAUCGCCCAGCUCACCAUCUGGUCCCUCGGCCUCCAGGGCCUCCUCCAGGUGCCACUGAGGAAAUCCCCGAUGAUUUUGACUGGGACUUGAUCACCUAACGAGUUACAGACUUGAUAGCCCGUCCUCUGUGAAGGACGCGGGAGGGGAGGGAGACAUGGGGUCACUGGUGCCAGCACCACCCUCCCCAGCCUCCCUGCCUUGCCUGUAUAUAGAUAUAUAUUCUCUAUCUCCGCCAGAGAAGCCACCGCAAGAUGCUGCCGAAGAUAAUCCUUCCUUGCGUCCUGUUUUAUCUUCUUUUUCUUCUUUUGUUUAUUAUUAUUGUUAUUAUUAUUACCAAUAAUUGAGCACAGCCCUCCCCCUCCUCUGGUGGCCUUGGACGCAUCAGAUUGGCUCUUUCGUGUUGUGUGGUGCCCUGUGGAGGGUGGAAAGAUGGGUCCUUGGUGCCAUGAAAAGAGCUUGGAAGGCUGAAUCCUUGAGUGCAUCUUUCUCUGCCUCCGUCAUUUUGCGUUUAACAAUCCCUCUUUCCCUUCAAGGUGGCCGGUGAAUUUGUUGUAUUGGCUACUGGAGCGAGAGAGCCUAGUGGACCCUGGGAGCCUGUAGUUCUGUUGUUUCGUAAAUGUUGUAAAGGUCUGGGGGCUAAAGGGACACUGGGGAGGUGAUCUUAGCUCUGUGAACUUUUUUGCACCAGCAGGAAAAGAAGAAGAGUUCCCAAGUAUAAAAAGAGGGUAAUCCCUGAGGUAGGGAGAGCUGAGCUGGGAGGGUUGACCUGACUUUGGAGGAAGGAGAAUGUAGCAGAGAAGUUGGGUUUUGGAAUGAAGUGCCAUCUGUGACAACUGAGGGAGAUUUUAAGGGAAUCCUGACCUAUUUUCUACACUGUGUUUUGCGGUCUCCAGGUGAAGCCUACAAGCCCACCAGGUAAAAGAAGCAGUCAGGGGUGUCACAUGUGAUUCAGCAUAUUCUAUUCCCAAGAGCUUUUAACUUCACCCCCCACCCCUUCAAGCCCUUCUCCAAAAUAGUAUUGAGGCUCUUACUUGCAUAUGCAAAUUUGAAGGUUUUCUCCCAUCGGUAUUUGUUCAGUUGUUGUUUGAUCCCCCAACCCUCGGAUUUCUUUGGAGACUGCUCUUGCCUGUGGUUUGAGAGUACCAGCAGCAACAGGGCUCUCAUCGGUGAUUCCCACUUUGUGAAUGGGCUGUGGUGGGAAGAGUAAGCUGCUGCUCAGAGUGGAGGUGAAUGACAGGAUGAUGGGCAAGGGGCUGGACCCUCUGGGCAAGUAACUGGGAAGCCCUCGCGAGUAUUUUUUCGAAGAGGUGCAUUAGAAGAGAGGAUGAAGUGGGGUAGAUUAUUAAAAUGAACAGCCAAAGAGUGUAGUAUACAAUGGAGGAGGGUGGGUCAGACCCCUUUGCAAUUCAGCUGAGGAGACUGUGGAAUCUAGUGCAAAUCCCAAAGGAUAGGUUUUGUCAGCACUUGUGAAUCAAGAAGGUGGAAAAGGUGCAGGAGCAGGAGUGAGUGUUGAGAUGCCUCCUCCCCAAAGCUGUGUCCUCUGUUCCCCUUUUUGCUGGUAUUGGCUCCGUUCUGUCAAACCUCUUGUUUCUUCUUAAUAUUUUGUAAAGCCUCCCUCCAGCCCUUAUUCCCUGUUCACCAGUGAAGGGAACCAGGAUAGAAAUAAAACAUUAGGACUACUUGACAGAUCUGGGGUAGGGGAGUAAUAACCUCUACUCUGGCUGCAGGAAGGUGGGGAACUAGCAUUGCUUUUUAAAUUUGCUGUAGGGAUAAAGCGAUUGGAUCUUUGUCAAGGAAGUGGACAGAGUCUCCCUGGAUUGGGAGGGUGGACAUUUUUGUUGUUUUUUUUUUUCUCCCUUUUUAAGUGUGGUUUGGGGGGGGGAGUUCAUCAUUGAGUGUUUCCAAGAGAAAUGAGGAAUCCCAGACAACUGCAGCGUGGGGUCAGCUAUUCUCUCUGCUGCCUCAGGAUGGGAAUGAUACAGCUCGGAAGCAUGUGUGAUGGGUUUCUGUGGAAAGUGGCACCAGAGACAACUGGGAGAGAUGACUUCUGGUGGUGCCAGUUAGUGCUUUGCAGAGGGUAUUACUGAGAGCCUGCACUGUGGAAGCCUGAAAACCCCACCGGAAGAGAAACCAACUGUGAUGGCUCCUUCUGCGUAUAAAGUGCUCCUCAUUUUCAUAUUCGCCUCAUUCGCGUAUUAAGUUGUGCCUCAUUUGCAUAUGUAAAUACAUGCCGGUCAGUGUGCAAAUCAGCCUCGUUCCUCUGCCCUGAGAUAAACGUGUGGUGUUGGUGCGUGGUUUGGCCCUGGGCAGGCAUGUGGAGCUCCGCAGGGUGUGCGGUGCCAGUCCCCCUCUGCAGGCCCCCCCGUGCUUUGUGUCAGUGGCCAGGAGAGAGGAGCUUGGUCUCACGAGUUUAUUUUUUGUGCAUGCUUUCUUAAUAAAAACAAAAAGUGAAUGUUUAUGGUUUAA